AUGUCGAACAUCAAAGGCACAGACCUAUCCCCUCCGCAAACCAAACAUGGCGCCUCUCGUCUCCUUGCUGCAUCCUUCCUUGUAAUAGGAGUUCACAGCGUGCCAACGAAUUCACCCAAACCUGAAUCCACUAUCGCUAUCCGCGCCCCAGUCCCAGAGCCUCAACUUCUCAGUAGCCUCGUCGGUGGUCUUGUAGGGACCAAAGGCGCUUUAACAGCGACACUGGUACAAGCCUUGAAUGGAACACUAACCCAGCUCCUCCACCCGAUGCCAACAAGCUCGCCAAAGGACACUGAUGAUAUCUUCAGCUAUGUCCAAGGUAUUCAGGGUGCAACUAUAGGAGAAGGCUCCCAGGGUAUCAACUCUUUCACAAACAUCAAUUCAGCGCCGCCGAGGACGAUUUAUCCACGAGCUGAACAGAUGGAUGCCAAGUUCUCAGUCAGUGAAUUGGCUCUACGAUCCGCCAUCUUCAUUCCUUCAACAUUUCAGGCCGCGAAUGCGCCCAGCCCUGUUUUACUCGUCCCUGGAACCGCCACAAUGGGUGGUGUCAAUUUCGACGGAAUUUUCGCGAAGAUCCUCCAGGCAGAUCCAUCAAAUGGGCAGCCAGUAUGGCUCAAUAUACCAGAGGCUAUGCUUGGUGAUGACCAGGCGAAUGCUGAGUAUAUAGCCUAA